UGGGUGGUGAUGGAGAGCAGCUUUGCCUAAACAUUACAGAAGAAGACCUUGCUUCCAUGAUCCUUCCUACUGUUUAUCAUCAUCAUUCAUCCAGUAAUCUUUGUACCAGAGUUAAACACGUGUGUAUUUGCUGCAGAGGUAAACAAAUGGCCUUCGCUCUGCCGGUGUGGCUGGCGGUGCAGGACGAACUCCUCGGACAUGUCGCACCGGACUGUUCGCCUCCGAGCUGCUUCGACGACUUCGACGACGACGCUUUGUUCCAGAUGUUCCACCUCACCAGACCGUGCAUUGCGUUCAUCACGGACGCGGUGCGCAUCCGCAUGAAGAAUAACAACGCUUUAAAGAAAUCCGCCAUGCCAGUGGACGCCACCGUCAUGGUUUCGCUCAACUACUUCGCGCACGGAGUUUCGUCCGCCGACGUCGUGCAGAGAGUCGCGCCGAACCAGGCGGACAGCCCCGCGGUGAUCAGCGCGCUGUCCGGAGUCAUCGCGGGUUUGGCGGAUCAGUUUAUCUCAUUCCCGCUAAUAAAGGACGCCAAAACUAACGUGGCUUUAAAGAUUAAGAAGCUGUGCGGGAUCCCCAACGUGCUGGGCGUCCUGGCUCCGGCUCACUUCAAGAUCAGAGCGUCUCCGUACGAGAAGGAGACCUUCAGGUCGUUUGUGAACACCUUGGGCUACACGUCGGUGGUGAGCCAGAUCAUAUGCGACUCAGACGGCAACAUACUGAGUGUGGAGAAGUGCUGUGUGGGCAGCACGUUUGAGCAGGAGAUGUGGGAGUCGUCCUUCAAAGGAAGAGAGAUGGAGGAGGAGCUGCACGGACCAUACUGGGUUAUUGGUGGGAAAGGCUAUCAAUUAAGCAAACAUGUCCUGACUCCUGUGCCCCAACCUGCAAAUGACAGUGAGACCCGCUUCAAUGACGCCCACACGAAGAUCCACAACGUCAUGCGGACGACGCUGGGCUCCAUGAAGAGACGUUUCAGGUGUCUGAUGCAACUUGGCUUUGCACAAGAGGGCUCUUUGGACAAAAAGGCCAACAUUAUCAAGGCGUGCAGUGUCCUGCACAACAUCGCUAAGAAGUUCUCCGUGCCUCCCCCGCCUGUAGCUGGUAAGAUUGAGCCCCUGCAUCCAGGCAAGCAGCAUUCAGUGCCAGUCGACACCAACACCGAGGCUCUACAAGCCAGACAGGAGCUCAUCUAUCGUAACUUCCCUGUUGCCUCCACUAGCCAGGACCCAUAAAGGCAUCACCGGGGAGGUAUGCGUGAGCAGAGUGGGUGUGUUUUCUGCUCUCGGAAGCAAAAAAAACAUCAACAUACACUAAGGAUAAACACUGGAUCCUAAAACGAACUUAUAAUGCAAGAUGUACACACAGUUUGUUGCUGUUCUCCGACAGUUUGACACUAAUUUGUAAAUGCGACAGCAUAUUGUGUUUUUCAUCUCGUUUGCAGACUUUGUAAAAACACAUUCAGGUAUUUUUGUUAAUAAAAAAUAUUUUAUUUCUUGUACAAAUAGAAAA